CUAAGUCAGUGUCUGAGAGCGAGCAACAUGCUGCGACUUCCAACAAAAAUCACUAAGAUGCGUCUAUUGCUGGGGAUGAUGAUUUGCGCUUCUAUGGGGAUGACUGCUGCUCAGCCCCGUUGUGACCCUCUAACUCAAUAUGUGGUGGAUGGCCAGUGCUGCAAAAUGUGUAGUCCAGGCAACCACAUGUUGAGCAGCAGAUCUUGUCAGGAACCUCAAUGCAAAGAAUGUGGGGAGAAUGAAUAUCAAGAUAAAUACACAACUGACAGCAAGUGUCAACGUCAGCCGUACUGUGACGCAAAUAAAAACUUUCGGGCCGCUACCAAUGACAACAAAAAGAAACGAAUCACCUGCAUGUGUAAGGUGGGAUUCCACUGCUCCAGUGAUGCCUGUAUAACCUGUGUGCCGCACACCACCUGUAAACCAGGACACGGGGCUCUGUCCAUAGGAAAUCAGACGCAUGACACAGUGUGUCAGAAAUGUCCCGAAGGAUCAUUUUCCAAUGAGGACUCAUGGAGCAGUGACUGUAAGAAAUGGAAAGAAUGUAAGAAUGGACAACAAAAGGGGACAGACAUAUCUGACAACGUCUGUGUGGAAACUUCACGGCAGCAUAUAGUUGUGGGUGCGGUUGUGGCUGGUGUGAUACUAAUUUUAGCCGGUGUAAUUUUUGGAUGCACAGGAGAUGCAAGAAGAAAGGUUAAGGGCUGUGUUGCAUCAUGUCAUGGAGAAAGAUGGGAGGUACCGAGAGAAACCAGAAUACCAGUGACCCCAGAUGAUGACACUGAUAAAGAGCCCAUGUUUCCUGUGCGGCAGCUCUCACAAGAGGAAAGUAGUACGAGGACACCAGAGGAAAACUUGGAUGAACUGAGCGCGGAGGGGUCCAUGGAUCCUAACCGCACCGAAAAUGGAAACUAUGUGGGGCAGGAGAUGGGGAAAACAGAAACCCUCUCCCGACAGGAAUCACAAACAGAACCACUCCAUCGACAGCUAUCACAAACACAGACGUUUACAGACUGAAAAUGGCCUAAUCCCCAUUCCACCAUUCAUACCGCUUAUCCUAAUAGGGUAGUGAGUGGGACUGUGGUACAAUACCAGCUGACUUUGGGCAAGGGAAGGGUACACCCUGGGCAGGUCGCCAGUCCAUCACAGGAUGGCCUAAACUCCUCAUUGUGAAUAGUAUGUAAAUAUUAAUGUCAGCUGUUGUGUCUCAUAUUUCACUUGUACAUAAUUCACCCAACCUAAAGAUGUAUAUAAGUGUUAACAAGAAACGUAAAUCAUGCUGAAACAAUGUUGUUGUAGUGUAACAAUAAUUGAAGAGUGUGGCGUACUAUAUGACUUAAAUGUAUUAGCUUGGUGCUGACAGCAUUUUGUAGGUUGUGGGCUUUUUUCAGUGUGUGUUUGUAUUGCAUUUUAAUGUAGUGAACAACUUAAUGUACAUUGUGUACACACGACUUCUGUUCAUAUUUGGGCAUGAUACAAAAGUGUAUAACUGCUGUAAUUUUGUAGCAUGUAAUUUAAAAUCUUUUGCAUUAAAAUUUAUU